AAACACGUGCUCAUUAUCGCCAAGUAGUAGGGGCAAAGAUCAUUCAUUUUGGCACGCAGCUUAACCAAAAAAAAAUCAUUUGCUAUCAAUCGAACGUAAACAAACAUUUUACCAGUUACAAAUCACAAAAAAAAAAUUUAUUAACUCUAGAAAAAUGGAGUCAAAUGAACCAGUUGUUGAUGAGGAUGGAGAAUUUUAUUUCGAAUCUGACAGCUUGGCACUGAAAGGUAACAGAGAUUACAUGGAUCUGCUUAAGACUAUUGUCAUUCUGGAAAACCAGAGGACACGUGCUAUUGAAGACAUGGAUGAGUUAUUGGCUCAGCGCGCCAUCGCUGUCAAGGACCCACUGGGUUUCGUUAACAAGCUGCAGAAUGGCGAACUGUCAAACUUACCUGGUGACAUAAAAGUCGCGGAAAUUCCUUACAUUGAUUGGAGUCGUUAUAAUAUCUCUGCUUCUGAUGCCCGGUUGAAACCACCGCAAACUCGACACGGAAAUUUCCGCACCCAGCCCAAAGUAAAGCAAGAUGAUGGACGGAUUCUUGUUCGUGGUCGUCCGUUUGAUGAAAGUAAACCAGAGACUUUCAACCAACCGUGGACGUGUGCUGAGCAGUGUAAGUUAGAACAAUUGUUGAUAAAAUAUCCAGAUGAAGAAGUCAGCAUGCGACGAUGGAAGAAAAUUGCUAGUGAAUUAGGAAAUCGUACUGCCAAACAAGUUAUGACAAGAGUUCAAAAAUAUUUUCUUAAAUUACGUGCUAUGAAUAUGCCGAUACCUGGACAGACUCCAAAAUUAAAUCCGACUACCAAGAAAGGCAUGAGUCGUCGUAACUUACAUAGAAAUACAUCAUUUUUUCCUUCUUUACACAUGAUUGAUGAUAAGGAUUCUGAUGACAGACAUCAGUGGAUGAUCAGAGACACGAAAAAUGAUCAAGCACAAAAUAAUGAUGAAGACACGGAUCUUUGGCAGAUUGAAUUAAUUAAAAAAAUAAAGUCGGAGAAAGAGCAAGAGCCUUCCAGCCUGCAGCAGCACUUUGGAUACAAGUGUAUAUGCUGCGAUGAUGAUCCGCUGAAAGGCACCAGAUGGAACUGCGUUGAAUGCUUCAACGUUAACUUGUGUUCAGACUGCGUAGUAGCCCAACUGGAGGCAGUAAAUCCUAUACAUCCACCGUCACAUAAAUUGAAAGCGAUUUCCGCAACGGAGUCUAGUAAAAAUGAUGAUCUUGAUUAUUCGUCUUAUGAUUAUUUGAACCCUAAUUUUUUAUCUUGAAGAAUAAACAUUUAAUUUAAUCAAUAACUUGUUAAUUAGAAAUUAGAAAUUUGUAAUAUUG